CUGGGUCCUGAGAACCACAUACAGGUCUUCUGAACUCCUGAGCCAUCUCCCUACCCAGGCACUCUGGAUUUGGGGGUGUCUGUUGUCUUAUCAACUGUUCUUGCAUCUGAUUUUAUUAGUGCCUUCUCUCUCAGUGAGUGCUGAGCUCGGGUAAGAGGAUGAUUAUCCUUCCCAAGAAGUGGCUCUUAGCUUUGAUGACCCUUUGUUUUAUUCUCUGUUUCUGGUUGAUUCCUACCAACAUGAUCCGUGUCUUAUUCUGCGGUGUGCUGCUUUGGAGGGUGCUUUCUUCUCUUCCUGAGCAUUGAGUCCCUGUUAGGUUGUCUGAAGUAUUUCUGACUUUCCUUUCCUUUUGGAUGUAGGAAUUUGUAUUGAUAAACAGUCACAGGACCCUGAUUUGGACUGUUUAAAAUUCCCCAUUGAGGCUUUGGUUCUAGCCUUAUCAACAAGGCCCUGACCAUGGAGCAGGCCGGGGAGGCCUGCUGUUCUGCUGAGGAGACCUUCACCAAUGACUAUAAGAUGAUGAUGACCCUGGGCCAAGGACAGUUUUCAGAGGUCAAAUGGGCCUUUCAUAUCCCCACUGUAUCCUGUGUGGCAGUAAAAAUUCUUAGAAAUCAGAAGAAGUAUGCCUCGCUUAUCAACAGUGAAAUCAGCGUCAUGAAAUCCCUUGCCCAUCCCAACAUAAUUAAAUUGCUUCAUGUGGUCCAGACCAGAGAGACCACCUACCUGGUGAUGGAGCAUGCAUCAGAGGGAGACCUGCUGCAUCACGUCCUGGAACUGGGGGCCUUAGAGGAGAGCAAGGCUCCAAGGCUGUUUACACAGAUAUUGCAUGCCGUAAAGUAUUGCCAUGAUAACCUUAUCAUCCACAGAGACAUAAAGGCCAAUAACAUCCUCCUCGACCACAGGGGUAAUGUGAAGCUGAGUGAUUUUGGACUCUCCACUAAGGUCAUCCCUGGGCAGAAACUUGGUGAUUUCUGUGGCACUUUACACUACUGUGCCCCAGAACUCUUUGGAAAGGAGGCAUAUGAUGGCCAUGCUACUGAUAUUUGGAGUUUAGGCAUGCUCCUCUUCCUCAUGGUCGCCGGGCACUUUCCUUUCAAUGCUUACUCUUCUGUGAGGGUGAUACAGCAGAUCCUCACUGCAGACUUCAGGGUGCCUUCGCAUGUUUCCGUUGAUAUUCGAGAUCUCAUCCUCAAACUGCUGAUGAUAAACCCCUACAGGAGGCCCACCAUAGGCCAAAUCAUGAGGUUCCCAUAGUCAGGAGCAGUGAGGCUCGGU